CGGGUAUGGUUUUGUCCCUGAGCACCUGCUAGGCUCGAGCCAGCCCAUUGUCCGAGCCAAGCACAAGGCAUCCUGAGAUAGCCGCUUCGACCUGCACUGCAUCACAGCUCUCCGCGAUCCGAGUGGCAGGCUUUCGCGAGCGCUAUCCGCUUGCGAUUGCCUGGCCCCCUCGCUGGCGAAUCAGAGCGCGAGGUUGAGUGCAUCCACGUCAGGCCGAUGACCCCUGGGCGACCUGAUCACCUCUGCGAUCCCUUGAUGGGUGAAACCGAAAUCCUGAUUCCAGCCACCGAGUUUCUCGGAUAACUCGGAGCCAUCGAUUUUGCCCAAUGGGCUCUCCAGACCAGAUCGGUCUGCCUGGAGUCUUUUUGGCCGUGCGUGCAUCCUCGAGGCGUCGUUUGCCUGAAUUGAUUCGGCAGCUCUUUUCUGCCUGAGACCGUCCCUCAUUGUCGGUCUCUGUUUCGGAUAGCAGAGGCCGCUGUCCUCCCCAAUUGACAUUCCCUGCUCCAUAAAAAACAACAAGUUUUUCGGCUCAGCAGCACAGUUGGUAGUCUAGUCCCUCCAGGGACUAGUACUGUCCCAUAGUAUGGCGACCGCUGUACAGCACUGUCAGCUGACCGGAAACUUUAUUCCUAAGACUGACCCAUUUUCUAAGUCUCAGGCCAUGGUCUCUUCGGCUGCUAAUUUGCAUCACAGCCGAGCAUGUCUACACACAUUGUACGCACGCCCUUACACUGUAAGGGCACAGCCGAAGCAGCUUGCUUUGAAAAUGAGCUCUGUUUCGGCCGCCCUACAGGUCCCUGCAGCGACAGCAGCAGCCGAAUCCGCGAUAACAGUUGCUCCUGAACUCGCCACAAGUCUCGGAGGAUCUGCACUCGAGGCUCUUCAGGCACCAGCUUCGUUUUUCAGCCUCCAGCCGUCGAGCUUUCACCCUGCAUUGACCGAUGUUGUGACAAGUUUUCCACCCGCGAACGAUGGGAUUCUAGCUCUAGCGUCUGGCUUGCUGCCGUUAGCAGGGUCGUGGCAGCAGGACGUGGCCGCUACGCUUUUCACCCUCCUGGGGUCCGUGGCGUGGGUCCGCGUCUUUGACGAGCUCGCCAGACGGAACGUCCUGGAACAGAAAUUGAGUCGGAAGAUUGUGCACAUCACCACAGGGCUACUUUUCAUGCUCUCCUGGCCUCUCUUCAGCUUCAAUCCAGCAGCCAGGUUCCUUGCUGUCGCUGUCCCAGUGGCGAAUGCUGUCCGCAUAGUGCUGCUGGGCACGGGAAUCACAAAGAACGAGGGAGUGGUCAAGUCGAUUAGCAGAGAAGGCAGUGCGAGGUAAAGCUCCUGCUUCGAAUGGUUAGCGUCCCUUGGGGUUUGGGAGAGUUGCACGGAGCAUCCGGACUUUCUUCCUACAUACCACCAUAGCCCGCUGGCACUUGAAGGAUCCAUUUCCCUCCUAUUUAGUUUAUCUCUCGACAAAACAGUAAUUCAUGCGGUCUAUUUCCCUUCCUUCCGUUUCCCUUGUCGUCUCCACUGGUUGCCUGCUUUUGAGGCGCCUCAAAUUUAGACUUCCCUUGUUGUCUCCACUGGUUGCCUGCUAUCUUCAAGCGAGCUGCUUCGGGGGCCUCUCUACUAUGUGCUCACCAUCGUUUUAGUCACAACCAUCUUCUGGCGCAGCUCCCCCAUUGGAGGCAUAGCCCUCGUGCUCAUGUGUGGUGGUGACGGAAUGGCUGACAUAGUCGGCAGACGAGUGCGUUCUGAAAAGCUUCCCUGGAAUAGCCGCAAGAGCUGGGCUGGAAGCGUCGCCAUGCUGCUCUGUGGCUCGCUGCUCUCAAUGCUGUUUGUCUAUAUAUUUUGCUCGUUCGGGUUCUUCCGCACCCAGUGGUGGUCUGCAGAUAUCUGCUUCAGAAUUUUCCUGAUAGCUGCAGGAGCGACAUUUAUGGAAUCAUGUCCCAUAAGCGAGAAGCUAGAUGACAAUUUCACUGUUCCGUUUUCAGCCGUGCUGCUGGGGCACCUGCUGCUUCCCAUGGCGUGAUUCUGUAUGUUGCUGCCUCACAUGGCAAUAUUUUGUGUAUGUUCAUUUUUUCCCUACUAAUCUAAUUUUCCAC